ACAACUUGAAUCGCCGGUGAUGACACGUCGAUGAAGCAGCGAGAUGAGCACGACGAUGUCCUCUGGGAUGUUGUCGGCGUUGACAUCGCUCGUUCGGCUUCUAACCACCUUGUUACUUGUAAUAGGGACGGGCUUGAAUGCGAGCUGAGGCGUUCUCUGUGGAAGAUGACCUUCGUAUGUCCCACUUUGUUGUAUCCGCUACGGGGUUAAACAUACUUCUGGUGGUUACGGGAGCUUCAACGGUGCUGGUGGCCGCUUACUUUUGUGCUUUGAGGUUGGAUUGUUCGCCAAGAGAGCUGCUAUCCCUACCUCCGGCCGUCAUUGUAAACUGUUUCCUCGCUUGUCUGUCCACGUUACACAUGGACUUUCGCGAACAGUAUUAUCGACACAUCGGAGUUCACCGUUCUCCCACAAGCAUCUCUACGCCUAGUUUCUUCCCCUCUCUUCCGGAAGGUGUUCGCAGAGACCGCACUGUGUGCGGUCAGUAAGUACUUAAGUAAUGUUAAGUAGUCACAGUAAGCGAGGGAACGAAUACCCGUUAACAAGCUGU